GAUAUAGUGAAUGCAGGGUCCGGGGAGACCGGAUAUAGUGAAUGCAGGGUCCGGGGAGACCGGAUAUAGUGAAUGCAGGGUCCGGGAGACCGGAUAUAGUGAAUGCAGGGGUCCGGGGAGACCAGAUAUAGUGAAUGCAGGGUCCAGGGAGACCAGAUACAGUGAAUGCAGGGUCCGGGGAGACCAGAUAUAGUGAAUGCAGGGUCCAGGGAGACCAGAUACAGUGAAUGCAGGGUCCGGGGAGAUCAGAUAAAGUAAAUGCAGGGUCCGGGGAGAUCCAGAUAUAGUGAAUGCAGGGUCCCGGGGAGAGCGGAUAUAGUGAAUGCAGGGUCCGGGGAGAGCGGAUAUAGUGAAUGCAGGGUCCGGGGAGAGCGGAUAUAGUGAAUGCAGGGUCCGGGGAGACCAGAUAUAGUGAAUGCAGG